UUAACAAAUGCUCAAAUGCGUAGACUCGUUGCAAAUAAGUAUUGUUAUUAAAAUGCAAACAUCGCGAAGGAGAGAGUUGAAAGAGGUAGGAUGGAGAAAGUUAAAGCUACCCCGUUCUCUCUUUUUGUCUCCAUUGUGUUCUUUUGAAUCCAAAACGAGCAAACCAUAAAAAAUCUCCCAAAAUUCUCAAAUGGGUUAUGUUAAUUGCUGAUUAUAACCCAUAAAGGAUUCUCCUUUGCUCUUUUCAACAAAUGGGUUUUGCUAAAUGUUAGCUGUAACCAAGAAAGGAGACUCCUUUGGCCUUCUUACAUGAAACAGAGUCUCUUAAAAUUAUCAAAUUGGUUUUGCUAAUUAUUUUCUUUAUCCAAGAAAACAGCUUCCUUUACUCUUUCUGAGGUAUUCUCUCAACCGGCUAUUAUUUGAAAUGGGAAGCAGAGGAGUUCUCUUCGGACCUCUCUUAAUGCUCUCAUGGUGUUUGCUAUUUUCCCUCUUCCAAGCUCAGCUAGCUUUUUCACAGAACUCAACUUGUAAUUCAAAAGAUUUGAAUGCUUUAAGAGGUUUUUUGGGAGGUAUUCAAUCUGGAAUUGAUGGGUGGAGCCUCAAUGACUCUUCUGAUUGUUGCACUUUGCCUGGCGUUUUCUGCGACGGUGCAGUUUCUGAUCGAAGAGUUAUUGAAUUGAAUCUUUUCAAUAUGAGCCUUAAAGGUUCUCUAUCUGAUUCUUUGGCCAAUUUGGAUCAUUUGAAAACUCUCAAUCUUUCUUAUAAUUCUCUACAAGGCUCAGCUCCUAUAGACCUCCUUCAUCUUCCUCGACUGGAGGUUCUUGAUCUUAGUGUAAACAAGCUUUCAGGAUUCAUUCCGUUGAAUACUAGCCUUCCCUUGAUCCGGGUUUUCAAUAUUUCGACCAAUUCAUUCAAUGGCACUCACCCUAUCCUUUCAGGUUCAAGAAAUCUCAUGGAGUUUGAUAUCAGUUCCAAUAGUUUCUGGGGAGGAAUUAAUGCUACAAUUUGCAAUUCAUCAACACAGGUCCAAAUCCUUAGAUUCUCAGCAAACGGUUUCUCUGGCAAAUUCCCAAUUGGUUUUGGGAUGUGUCGCUCUCUUCGUCAGCUUUCCAUCGAUAUGAAUGAGAUUUCUGGUAGUUUGCCUGAUGAUUUAUUCGAAAUAUCAUGGUUGACACAAUUGAAUCUUCAAGGGAACAAUCUUCAGGGUGUGGUGAGUUCAAGAAUCAGUAAUCUUUCUAACCUUGUUCAAUUGGAUCUUUCAUUGAAUAAUUUCUCAGGUUUGAUUCCUGAUGCCAUUGGUAAUCUUAGAAAGCUAGAGUCUUUUUCUGUUCAAUCCAACAGAUUCAAUGGAACUCUACCUUCUUCUUUGUCUAACUUGAACACACUUAGAAUACUAAACCUUAGGAACAACUCAUUGAGUGGUGAUAUUAGUGUCAUUUCUUGGCUCUCAAGCCUAACUUCUCUUGAUCUCGGUACAAAUCUCUUUACUGGUUCUAUUCCUUAUAAUCUCUCAAAUUGUUCGGAAUUGAUGACCAUAAAUCUCGCUAGAAACAAACUCAGCAGUGAAAUCCCGGCAAGCUUCAUGAACCUCACUCGUCUCGCUUCCCUCUCACUAUCGAAUAACAGCUUCUCCAAUCUCUCAUUGGCAUUGCAAGUCCUUCAGCAUUGUCCAAAUCUCACUAAUCUUGUUCUCACGAAGAAUUUCCUUCGUGGAGAAACAAUGCCAUCGGAUAAAAUUCAAGGAUUUGAGAAGAUGGAAGUUCUCGUUAUUGCAAAUUGUGCUCUCUCUGGCUCAAUUCCAUCUUGGUUGGCUAACUGCCCAAAAUUGAAAGUCUUGGAUAUCUCAUGGAAUCAUUUGGAUGGAAAAAUUCCUCCAUGGAUUGGAGAUUUUGAUUUUCUCUUUUACUUGGAUAUUUCAAACAACUCUCUCACAGGAGAAAUCCCUAGCAGUUUGACACAAAUGAAGAGUCUAAUAUCUGCUGAUGCAUUGAAACAAGGAGCUACAAUUCAAGAAUUCCCAUUUUUCUCAAAAAGAAAUUCGAGUGCGAAGGGUCUCCAAUAUAAUCAAGUUAGCAGUUUCCCCUCAUCUUUGAUCCUUAGCAACAACAAGCUCGUUGGCCCAAUAUUGCCAGGAUUUGGAGAGCUUAAGCAGCUCCUCAUAUUGGAUCUCCAUAUGAAUCAUUUGUCAGGGACUAUACCUGAAGAGCUAUCAAAAAUGUCAAACUUAGAAACCCUGGACUUAUCACAUAACAACCUUACCGGGGUUAUUCCAUCUUCAUUUACCAAGCUUAACUUUUUAGCAAAGUUUCGCGUGGCAUACAAUAAAUUGGUGGGGCAAAUUCCUAGCGGUGGCCAGUUCUCAACAUUCUCUAUGGCUGAUUUUGUCGGAAAUCUAGGAUUGUGUGGCUUUCAUUUUUCUCCCUGCUCAUCUGAAACUCCUGCUGAGCCUGAAGCUAGCAGGAAGAAUAAAGGAGCAGCUAUUGGUAUGGCAAUAGGAAUCGGCAUUGGGACUGCUUUACUCCUCACUAUCAUCUACUUAGCUGUGUACAGAUUUCGAUGUAGACAGCAGGAAGACACCGCAAAAGUGAUGGCUGAUGCUGAAGAGCAACUAGAAUCUGCAGGGUCUAGCUUGGUUCUUCUCUUUCAGAACAAAGGCCAAACCGAACUGACCAUUAAUGAUAUAUUGAAAUCCACCAACAAUUUCGAUCAAGCACAUAUCAUCGGCUGUGGAGGUUUCGGUUUAGUUUACAAAGCAACUUUCACAGAUGGGAGGAAAGUUGCAAUCAAAAGGCUCUCAGGUGAUUUUUGUCAAAUGGAGAGGGAAUUCCAAGCUGAGGUUGAAACACUUUCAAGAGCUCAACACAACAAUCUUGUUCUUCUUCAAGGAUAUUGUAGAGUUGGGAAUGAUAGACUUCUAAUAUACUCAUACAUGGAGAAUGGUAGUCUUGAUUAUUGGCUUCAUGAGAAGCUUGAAGAGGGAUCAACACUGAAUUGGGCAAAAAGACUACAAAUAGCUCAAGGAGCGGCAAGGGGAUUAGCUUAUUUACAUCAAUCAUGUGAGCCUCGUAUACUGCACAGGGACAUCAAAUCAAGCAACAUACUCCUGGAUGAAAAUUUUGUUGCUCAUCUCGCUGAUUUUGGGCUAGCGAGGCUUAUUCUGCCUCAAGAUACACAUGUGUCAACUGAUCUUGUUGGUACUUUGGGAUAUAUACCUCCAGAAUAUGGCCAAGCCUCUGUGGCUACUUACAGAGGUGAUGUGUACAGCUUCGGUGUUGUUCUAUUGGAGUUGCUUACGGGCAGGAGGCCUGUGGAUAUGUGCAAACCGAAGGGAUGCACGGAUUUGAUCGAGUGGGUUUUUCAGAUGAAGAAGGAGAAGAGGGAAACCGAGGUUUUUGAUGCGCACAUAUAUGACACGGAUUACGAUGCACAGAUGACAAAGAUGCUCGAGAUUGCAUGCCUUUGUGUUAAUCAAUCUCCUAAACUUAGGCCAUUGACGCAACAAGUAGUCAAAUGGUUGGAUGAAAUUGGGACUUCAGAGUAGCUGAUGAUGUACAUAGCAUUUGCAUGAUCUUGGUGGUGCUGAUA